UAGAUAUUUGUUUUUAUAUGAUAACACAUAACAUUUUUACCUUGCUUUAUUUGAAGGCUCUUGAGAUCUGUCAACAGAGAAACUUUGUAGAAGAGACAGUUUAUCUUCUGAGCCGAAUGGGUAACAGUCGAAGUGCCCUGAAGAUGAUUAUGGAGGAAUUGCAUGACGUUGAUAAAGCGAUUGAAUUUGCCAAGGAGCAGGAUGAUGCAGAACUCUGGGAGGAUCUGAUUUUAUAUUCCAUCGACAAACCACCAUUUAUCACUGGCUUGUUAAACAACAUCGGCACACAUGUUGACCCGAUUCUACUGAUUCACCGUAUUAAGGAAGGAAUGGAGAUUCCUAAUUUGAGAGACUCCUUAGUUAAAAUUCUACAAGACUACAAUUUACAAAUUCUGCUUCGUGAAGGCUGUAAGAAGAUUCUCGUAGCCGACUCUCUGUCGUUACUAAAGAAGAUGCACCGAACUCAAAUGAAAGGCAUUCUGGUUGAUGAGGAGAACAUCUGUGAGUCCUGCCUUUCCCCUAUUCUUCCAUCAGACGCAGCGAAGCCGUUCAGCAUGGUGGUCUUCCACUGCCGGCAUAUGUUCCACAAGGAGUGCCUGCCUGUGCCUAGCAUGACCUCUCCUGCACAGUUCUGUAACAUCUGCAGUGCGAAGCACCGGGGACCAGGAAGUGCCAUUUUGGAGAUGAAAAAAUAGCUCAGUUCUGUUUGUCAGCCUCUUCCUCGCUACUCUUUGAGGACUGCUUUUGCAGCAACAGAAGCUUUUGUUGACACCAGUGCUGUUAAGAGAUUCGUACAUGUUUAGAUUAUGCUUAAGAAGAGCUUCUGCAUCUUCUUCUGUUUACUAGAUGUUUCUCUUUGCAGUUGAUAAAGAAGUUAGGGUUUUCCCCAGCCAUACCUUGAAAGAUGUGUGUUCACAGUCAGUAUUUUAUCAUUUAUUUGUUUGACUCAUUAUUUAGGAAGAGAAACUGAAGUCUUGGAGUUGGAAGUGACAUUUCAGUAAAACUGUCCAGCCAUAACAUGGACUGCUGAGAGUUGUCCCAGAUGGCUGAGUGCCUCACCACUGAGGCUGUCUAGCAGCACCUUGGACCUUGUUUUCUUAUCCUCUGCCAGCAACCACUCUCAGAUGCUGGGUUUGGCUUCUUUUUUUUUUUUUUUAGUAUGUCAUCAACUGUGCUUACCUUCUGUUUGGUAUUGAAUGAAACAUUGUGCGUAUUGUCACUGACUGUGUGAUGACUGGGAAUAACAAGAGCAGUCUGACACCAUGCAGUUUCAUGUUGACCGAUGACCAGUUUCAUGUUCUCUGUGUCCCAAUGACCAGCAGUGUCUACCCCUGGCAGGCACUCAGCGUUUGUUGAUCGAAUAAAUGUUAGCUCUUCCCACUGUGAAA